AGAUGACGUCGGUUGCCAAGGUGUAUUACAGCCAAACCACUCAGACAGAAAGCCGGCCCCUAAUGGGCCCAGGGAUACGACGGAGGAGAGUCCUGACAAAAGACGGCCGCAGCAAUGUGAGAAUGGAGCACAUUGCUGACAAGCGCUUCCUCUACCUCAAGGACCUGUGGACAACCUUCAUUGACAUGCAGUGGCGCUACAAGCUUCUGCUUUUCUCUGCAACCUUUGCAGGCACCUGGUUCCUCUUUGGUGUGGUGUGGUAUCUGGUAGCUGUAGCCCAUGGGGACCUGCUGGAGCUGGGACCCCCAGCCAACCAUACCCCCUGUGUGGUACAGGUGCACACGCUCACCGGGGCCUUCCUCUUCUCCCUUGAGUCCCAGACCACCAUUGGCUAUGGCUUCCGCUACAUCAGUGAGGAGUGCCCGCUGGCCAUCGUGCUUCUUAUUGCCCAGCUGGUGCUCACCACCAUCCUGGAAAUCUUCAUCACGGGUACCUUCCUGGCAAAGAUUGCCCGGCCCAAGAAGCGGGCAGAGACCAUCCGUUUCAGCCAGCAUGCGGUUGUAGCUGCACACAAUGGAAAGCCCUGUCUUAUGAUCCGAGUCGCCAACAUGCGUAAGAGCCUCCUCAUUGGCUGCCAGGUGACAGGCAAACUGCUUCAGACCCACCAGACAAAGGAGGGUGAGAACAUCCGGCUCAACCAGGUCAAUGUGACUUUCCAAGUGGACACGGCUUCUGACAGCCCCUUCCUCAUCCUGCCCCUUACCUUCUACCAUGUGGUGGAUGAGACCAGUCCCUUGAAAGACCUCCCCCUCCGCAGUGGUGAGGGUGACUUCGAGCUGGUGCUGAUCCUAAGUGGGACAGUGGAAUCCACCAGCGCCACCUGCCAGGUGCGCACUUCCUACCUGCCGGAGGAGAUCCUUUGGGGCUACGAGUUCACACCCGCCAUCUCGCUGUCAGCCAGUGGCAAAUACAUAGCAGACUUUAGCCUUUUUGACCAAGUUGUGAAAGUAGCCUCUCCGAGUGGCCUCCGUGACACCAGUGUACGCUACAGAGACCCUGAAAAGCUCAAGUUGGAGGAGUCAUUAAGGGAGCAGGAUGAGAAGGAGGGCAGUGCCAUUAGUGUGCGCAUCAGCAAUGUCUGAUGGCUUGGUUCCCCACCCCCCCAUACUUCUGGUCUCUUUUCCUCUUUUGGCAUCCUGGGUGAGGGAUAUUACCCAGGCUUACUGGACAGCCCCAGAAGCACCCUUCUCCACUCCCUCUUCUUUAACCCAGUUGGCCUGUGGUAGUCUAGGCCAACUGGACUUCCUCCCGUUGUUCCCUUCACCUCGACGCACUUCCACCCCAAGAUGCACACGUCCCUUAAGCCAGGAUGGGGGAAGGAGAGGGAAGAUUAGGCUGAAGUGGCUUAGAAGGCCUCAGCCAUGCCUGGAGACUCACAUUAGGAGGACCAUGCAGUUGGAUGGAUAGGCUCCCCCCACCCCGCCACCUCUCACCACCACCACCAGAAAGUUUGGUGCUUUGAGGCUGGAGCCCCCUCCCUAUCUUUCCACUUAGCAAGUUCCCUAAGGCAAGACUCUCCCUCUGAUGGUCCCUUUGGGGUUUGUGCCCUCAGAAAUAUAGGAGUCCAGAAUCAUUUUAUUCUGAAGUCUCUACCAGAACCUGUUGAAAGAAGCCAGGGUUUUUCAUGGUGUAGUUAAUUUCUGUUGGCAACUCCUGACUAUGACCUGGGACCUUGGUCCCCAUUGUUCUCCUCUUUCUAGUUUCUCAAGUGGACACUUAGGAUACCCAGAUCCCACAUAGAUGCCUCUGCUCCCAGAGAACUGGAGUUGACCUGGGAGAUACAAAGCAUACAGGCACAGCCACCACACCUGUUCCUGACCUGAAUACUGAACUCUUUAUUGUGGGGUGACUAAUGCAGAGCUAUUGUCUAAAACCUUGAACCUAGCCUCCAGGCAGCCCUGGGGGGAUCUGUUUCCCUGUGUCCCAUGAAAGUAAUGACCUUCCCCAAUAUGUUCCCCUGGAAAAAGUCCAAUGCCCAGGCCCCACAGAAAGGUCUGGAAAUGGUGUUCCAGAUUACACUGUCCCUGGCUUCUCUGAUUCUUUCCUGCCCAGCCCACUCUCACCUAAACCCAACUUUGGAGGAAGGGGGAGAAAAUGCAAGGGCCUUCCUCUCUUACCACUAAAACUAGACUCACAGGGCACAGGGUCCCCAGAAAAGUUAAACCAACCAAAUGGGAUGAGUACAUUCUCCGAUUUCCAGACUGCUGUGUAGAGCUUCUGGGAAUUGGCAAUGCUUUGUUAAGGUCUGGGCAGAGGCAGGACUCUGUGGCUGGCAGAUACUGUUCACCCUGUUACCCCUCCCAGUGCCCUUCUGAAAAGUGCCAGCUAUUUUGUUAGGCAGUGCUGGGAGGGAAGGAAAUUAUACCUCCUGAUCAAAUAACCAUGGUCUCCCUCAGCC